AUGGAGGACACGGAAGAAAUUGACGGUGGACGAUACAACGAAAGCGACAGCGGCAGCUCUGCCGUCAACGGUACCCCAUACACCGAAGGUGUCGUGCUCCGCAUCCGGCGUCAUAUCCCACCGGCACCGUUUAACGGUCCUUACGGCUACAAUCCACGUGGCAGGGCGAUCAACAAGCCGGAGGACGGUGUCGUCCCCGACCGCGUUGCUUUUGCGCUCGACAACCCUCCGGUGGAAUCAUGUGAGCUUCUCGACGACGAGUACCCGUUCACCAUCACCGGCGUAAAGACGCUGCGGCACCUCAGCAGCGACAAUCGCGGCGGCCCUCACGUGGUUACCGGAUACGCCGAGGACAAAAAGGAGACGUUGUACGUGGCCAAAAUCUAUGACGGCGUGGAUUACCCGUGGGAGUUAGGUUAUGAAGGCGGGGACUGCAUGUUGGACGCCGACUACGACUACGCGCUUGAGGCGGCUGCGUACGGGACGAUGCAAGCUGUGGAAGGCGUUGGGAAGAAGCUCGUGCCCGAGUACUGCGGUGGAUGGACGUUCCCGCUCGACACCGGUGAUGAAAACCCGCGCGAUGGCCAUACCCUUGACUAUUCGCUGCUGCCCCCGGAAGACUUUCGGCUUCGCGUGCUCAAGAAUCUGUUCGAGGCGCAGAUUUCCAUCUGGUGGGACGCCGAGGUUAAGCAUGAAGAUUUGGAACCACGAAAUGUCAUCGUGAAAGCAGAUGGCAGUGCUGUGAUUGUGGAUUUUAACCAGGCAGUGCUCUACAAGUUUUACGACAACGAGCUGAACAGCCCUGAAGAUAUGAAGUACUUGCAACACCCAAAAUAUUGGGAGAAUGAGCCCGCACUCCCUCUUUCGCCCAUCGAGUGGAACUGGCCGGUAGCGCCUGUGGGAAGAUUUCUGACGGACUCUUGGGAACACGACAACGCUUUGGCGGAUUGGAUUCCCGAACAAUGGCUUCAAGAUGCUGACCUUGCUGCGGAAUGGUUAUUGGAGACGUGGGAAAACACUUUGUCCAAAAAGUACAGACCUUUGUCCGACGAUUUCCUCAACCAUUCCGGCCACAGGGAGAGAAAACCGAAGGUGCAAGCGAUGCUGGAGCGGCUAGGACGAAAGCCGGCAGACAAGAUGUAA